CAGGGCUGCCUGCCCGCCUCUCCUCUGUAGCCUUUUGAAGCUGAGCCGGGUGGCGGCUCAUGCCUUCAGGCACAGACACAGGUGGACAAAAGAAGUUUACAGCGGAAAGGGCCUGUGACUACCUUGUCCUCACACCCCAAGCCGGUGCGGCCUCCACCACCAAGCCUCCUGGUCUCCGACCUCCUGAUCCCAUGCUGCCCACACCAGGCAGAGAGGCUGCAGGCCCAGGCCCUCCCUCCGCGGGACCUGCCUCCAGGGCCCAGACCCCUGCGUCUCCUCUCGGCAGAUGCUCAGCUCUGCUUCUCCCAGGCCCAUCCUUUGGGGAUCCAGGGGCUGGAGGCUGGGCUUCACCGCUCUGCACAGUCCUGUGGGCUCUGCUGUCCCCCUCAGAACGCAAGAUGGCACACGGCCUUGGUCUCUGGCGAGGCUGACAAGGCCUCUAAGCUCUG